AACUAAUCCAAUCAAAUAAAACAACAUUAGAGUCAGGUAAAAAAUAAAAAAUAAAAAAAGUAUAGUAGUCCGUGUGAGCUAAGCGGAGAAGAAGAAACAGCGAAGAAGAAUGAUAGUGAGCCCGCGACCGUCACCGCAGUCCCCUAACUCGCAUUCCGACUCAUCCUCAUGGGAGUCCAUGCUCCCAGGCCCACCGGGCCGCAACAACUUCGGAUCCUCAGAUCUCGGCCCGCAUGGCCUUCUCGCCUUCCCUUCCGGCAGUUCCAUCUCCGUCGUCGACACCCGUUCCAUGCAGCUUGUCACCGCCUUUCCCAUCCCUCCUCCGCCAUCUACUUCUUCCUCUACAUCGUCUUCCUCCUCCUCUUCCUCCACCACGACGAAUAACGCCACCACGUCCCUCUCUCCCUUCGUCACCGCUCUCCGCUGGACACCUGCUCCCCUCAGCCGCGACCUCCUCUCCACCGAACCCUCUUCCUCUCACCUCCUCCUCGCCGCUGGCGACCGCCAUGGCCGCAUCGCACUCCUCGACUUACGUAUCCGCUCCCCGAUCCUCUGGUUUGACACCGACAACGCCAAGCUAGCAAUCCAGGACCUCUGCUGGCUCCAGGCCCGCCCUGACCUCUACCUCAUCGCCGCCAUCACCGGUUCUUCCAUCCUCUCUCUCUACAAUGCCGCCACUGGACGCUGCAUCUGGAAGUACGACGCCUCGCCGGAGUACUUCUCCUGUAUCCGCCGCGAUCCCUUCGAUGCACGGCGGAUCUGCGCGAUCGGGCUCAAGGGAUUCUUGGUCUCUGUGCUGGCACACGGCGAGAGCGAGGACGGAGUCGCGAUCAAGGAACUUCAAAUUCGAACCGAUUCUAGCGAGCUGGUUAAGCUGGAGAGGGAUGUCGUUCCUGGCGCCACACCGUCGCCGGCUUCUGCGGCUUUUCCGCUCUACGCAGUGAAGUGUGCCUUCUCGCAGCAGUGGAGGCAUAUCUUGUUUGUCACGUUUCCGAGGGAGUUUGUUGUGUUUGAUUUGCAGUACGAGACUGUGAUCUUCUCCUCCGCGUUGCCUCGUGGGUGCGGCAAGUUCUUUGACGUGCUGCCUGAUCCGAACAACGAGUGGGUUUACUGUGCUCAUCUAGAUGGCAAGCUCAGCACAUGGAAGAGGAAACGUGGGGAACAAGCACACUUUAUGUGCUCAAUGGAAGAGUUAAUGCCAUCUGUUGGAACCUGUGUCCCGUCUCCUUCAAUACUUUCUGUAAUUCUAUCCCUAUCAGAUUCCACACUUCAGAACGUUUGCAAGAAUUAUUCUGAUACACCUAGUUCUCCUUACCUUCACGAGGACUUUGAUAAUCCUUUUGAUUUUUGUGAUGAACCUACGAUUGUUUCUAAAAUACAUUUGAUCUCCAUUUCCGAUGACGGAAAAGUAUGGAACUGGCUCUUGACUGCUGAAGGUCAAGUAGACACUCAAAAAGAGGACAAGAAGUUGAAUUUGCUCCGUGGUGAUGGCAGGCAACAGGAGCAUCUCAAUGAUGGUAAAAGGCACCUACCAAGCUCAAUCUUAAACCAGGAAGAAAUUUUAAUAAAGAUGAACUUAGUUGGACAGCUUCAGCUGCUUUCUUCAACAGUGACUAUGCUGGCAGUACCAACUCCUUCUUUAACAGCUACUCUGGCCCGUGGAGGAAACUAUCCUGCUGUAGCUGUUCCUCUGGUUGCUUUAGGAACACAGAGUGGAACUAUAGAUGUGGUUGAUGUUUCAGCCAAUGCUGUUGCAACAAGUUUAGCUGUACAUAAUGGAAUUGUUAGAGGACUACGAUGGCUAGGAAAUUCCAGACUGGUUUCAUUUUCUUAUACUCAGGUUAAUGAAAAAACUGGAGGAUAUAUUAACAAGUUAGUUGUAACCUGCCUUCGAAGUGGCAUUAACAAGAUGUUCCGGGCUUUGCAAAAGCCUGAACGUGCACCGAUUAGGGCUUUGAGAACAUCUUCAUCUGGAAGGUAUCUUCUAAUUUUGUUUCGUGAUGCACCUGUUGAAGUUUGGGCAAUGACUAAAAAUCCCGUCAUGCUUAGAUCAUUGGCUCUUCCAUUUACCGUAUUGGAAUGGACUCUUCCAACAGUUCCGCACCCUGCUCAAGGUGCGUAUUCUAAGGAGCAAACAUCUGGAGCAUCAGAUGAAACACCUAACCCGUCAAAGGUUUCCUCACCGGAUUCAAAGGGUUCAAGCACAGAAGGAUCUCAGGAAGACACUUCUGAAAGUUUUGCAUUUGCUCUGGUAAAUGGGGCACUUGGAGUUUUUGAAGUACAUGGUCGAAGAAUUCGAGAUUUCAGACCAAAAUGGCCUUCAUCUUCCUUUGUAUCAUCAGAUGGAUUGAUUACUGCAAUGGCCUACCGCUUGCCUUAUGUGGUCAUGGGAGACAGAAUAGGGAACAUAAGAUGGUGGGACGUGACAACUGGGAACUCUUCAUCAUUCAACACACACAAAGAAGGAAUCCGGAGAAUCAAAUUUUCUCCUGUUGCACCAGGGGACCAUACCCGUGGUCGUAUUGCUGUUCUAUUCUAUGAUAAUACCUUCUCCGUAUUUGAAUUGGAUACGCCAAACCCCUUAGCCAAUUCACUUUUGCAACCACAAUUUCCUGGAACACUGGUGUUGGAACUUGAUUGGUUGCCCUUGCGAACUGAUAAAAAUGACCCACUGGUACUGUGCAUUGCAGGAGCAGAUAGUAGCUUUCGCCUUGUUGAAAUUAAUGUAAGUGAUAAACGAGCAUUACGCAUGAUAUUGCAAUUUGGUGUUAAACCUUCUUGGUUUAAUACUUGUAGUACAACGAUAAAGAAGAGGCCUCACUAUAUUCCAGGGACUCCAUCAUCUACAGGGGAUCUUCGAACAUACAUGAUCGGCAUACCAUCUCUUGGUGAUUCUGUGGUGCCAGAGAUGCUUUUAAAAGUACUGGAACCAUAUCGAAAAGAAGGUUGCAUACUUGAUGAUGAGAGAGCCAAGUUGUAUGCUACUAUUGUGGAUAAAGGCUGUGCUGCAAGGUUUGCCUUCACAGCUACAAUAUUUGGGGAAUUCUCGGAAGCUUUGUUUUGGUUACAGCUGCCUCAAGCGCUUAAACAUUUGAUGAAGAAGUUAUUGAGAAAGCCUCCCCCGAAAGCGCCAACAGCGCAAACUAUCUCUGAAGAUGAUGAGACAUCUUUACUAUCUAGGAUAUCGUCAAAGGGAAAACAAACAGAAGAAAUGGGGAGUCAAGGUCAACUAAGGAUGAUGGCUUUUGACCAAGAAGAGCUGUGGAAAAGCGCUAGUGAACGUAUUUCUUGGCAUGAAAAAUUAGAAGAUGAAGAAGCUAUACAGAAACGUAUACAUGAGCUUGUGUCAGUUGGCAACCUAGAAGCCGCGGUUAGUUUAUUGCUUUCUACUCCCCCAGAAAGCUCUUACUUCUAUGUGAAUGCACUUCGUGCUGUUGCUCUCUCAUCUGCCGUUUCAACGUCUCUUAAUGAACUUGCAGUGAAGGUUGUUGCGGCCAACAUGGUGAGGGCUGACAGAUCACUUUCUGGCACUCAUCUUCUCUGCGCAGUUGGAAGACACCAAGAAGCAUGUUCCCAGCUACAAGAUGCAGGGUGCUGGGCAGAUGCUGCAACCUUAGCUGCUACUCACUUAAAGGGAUCAGAUUAUGCAAGGGUGUUGCAAAGGUGGGCUGGGUACGUCCUACACACUGAACAUAAUAUCUGGAGGGCUCUGAUUUUGUACGUUGCCGCCGGCGCACUUCAAGAGGCAUUGGCAGCUCUUCGUGAAGCACAAAUUCCUGACACAGCUGCAAUGUUUAUCCUUGCAUGCCGUGAAAUUCAUGCAGAUAUUGUUUCGAACUUGGGUAUUGUUGAUGAAGAUGAAUUAAGUUCAAUAGGCCAUAAUCUACUAACUUUGCGUGCCUUAGAUCCGAAGAAUGAAGAUGUCAUUGCCGUUAGUGAAUAUUUUGGGCAAUACCAGAGAAAAUUGGUCCAUCUCUGCAUGGAUGCGCCCCCAUACUAUGAAUGAGUGUAUAGGGCUUUGAUACGAUGCAUUUAGAUAUCCAUGAAACAAGUGAAAAGAAAGCUGUAGUUUGAUUUCCAUUCAGGUGCUGCCUGCAUUCAUUUUUCUUUCUAAGUUAUUGGCAGCAUUCCGAAAUGGAAUGCACCGAACCCAGAAUGCCUUUUGCUGUAGGGACGUAGAAUCUUGUAGGUAGCAUGAUACCAUAGUCUUUUGUGAAACAAAAUCCGAUGGUCGCAGUCACCAGCGAUUGUUUCACGUUACGUUUCUCGAGUUCAGGUCAUGUUGUAGCUUGUGUAUACAUUUUUGUUGCUAACAAAAUCAUAAUUGUAUCUCUAUUGAACGGUAUUUGAAGGGUAGUUGAAAAGGUUAUACCUUUUAUUUUAUUUGACA